UUUGCAUCCAACGCAGCAAAGUUGAACAGCGCUGCAGCCAACAGCAUCAAUUCCCACCUCGUCUUGGUUGUUGAUAAGCAGCGACAGUCUCCUCCACAUCCUUCAGUCAGUAGACGCUCCACAACAACCCACGCCCUUCGUGCUUGGGUCUUAGAGCAGCGGCGAAACCUAAAUUUCCCUUUUAUCCGCAUUCUCCUUACGGCGAUUAGCAAUCGCCUCCAGCUCGAGUCAGAGCCGAACGUAGAUAUGGCGGAGGCCCAGAUCGCCUAUACUCCGCAGCUGACGCCGCAAGUGACGGCAGUCGAUACAAGCAGCAAGAUUCAAACAGAGGACAUCCAAAAGAGAUACCGCAUCGGCCGAAAAAUCGGCAGCGGUCGGUUCGGCACGGUCCACGAAGCUGUUGAUAAGGUAACAGGUGUCCACGUGGCAGUGAAGGCGAUUCCUAAGGACAAGAACAAAUGCUCCCCCCUGGCGCUCUUCCGCAAGAAGGACAAGGCGGAGGCGGAAUCCACCCUCCGCCUGCUCCGCGGCGAGGCAGAAAUUAGCCAGGCGCUCGGCGGAAGGGAAGAGGGUGGACUGGAAGAAGGGGAGGCGGAGGGCCUUCUGGCGGAAGGGCGGGCGAAUGUGGUGGAGGUACUAUCAGUAGUGGAGGGGCGGCGUCACAUGUACAUUGUCAUGGAGCUCUGCAGGGGCGGCUCGCUCGCCAGUUACCUCGAGAAGCGGAAGCGCGGCGAGGUUACCAGCCUCGCGCCUCCCGUUGCGACCACAGAUCGCGACGGCACGGUGAACGCGGAGGAGAGCUUGUCGUCAUACGUUCAGGGUGUGAAAUUGGCCGAGCCUUCCGCCCAUGGCGUGGAAGCGGAGUCGUUCGCCCGCCGCAUCCGCCAGUUCAGCUCCGACGAUCUCUCCUCUUCCUGCGCCGCUUCUGACGCGGGGAGGGAGUUCGACGACGAGCGCGACGCAGGGGCCGUUGCGGAGGGUCGGGGCGAGGCGAGUCACCACGCGAUCUCCCCAGCGGCUACAUCCGCUGCUACAUCCGCUGGCUUUUCCGGCCUGGCUUUCCUCGAGCGCGGCGCGUUCGGCGCGGUGCGGCGGCAGCAACAGGAGAGGGAGGACGAGGCGGCAUGGGCGGCGUUCGAGCUGGCGGCGGCCGUGGCGUACCUCCACUCGCAGGGCGUCGUGCAUCGCGACAUCAAGCCGGAAAACGUGCUGAUCGCGCUGCCGCCCUCAUCCUCUAGCACGCACACCGCCGCUACAUCCGCCGCUACAGCUGGCGAUUUUGCCACAGAUGCGCGCAAUCAUCUCCGAUCUCAUUUCAAGAACCACUCCCGUCGCCACUCGUCCCACCGCCGAUCUCAGCACCGAGCCAGCAUGGGCAGGGACGGCGGUGUCGCGCUAAAGAAGCGCCUGGCGCUCGCUAGCGUCACGAGCACGCUGCAGCGGUCCACGUCUCGUAGAAUCAUCCCCAUUGCAAGCAACCCCUCGCUUCACAAGCUCUCAGAACACGAGCUCCAACAGCAGCAGCAGCAGCAGCAGCAGCAGCAGCAGCAGAAGCAACGGUUGGUUCUAGCUGAUUUCGGAUUGGCUGAGAGGGUCAAGGAGGACGGCACAGUGCGACGCGGAAUGGUGGGCAGCCCUGCUUACAUCGCCCCUGAGGUCGCCGGAGGGCUGUCUGCCAGUUACCCCUCGGAUAUCUGGGGUAUUGGCAUCUGCCUCUUCCUGACCCUUUCUGGCGGGCAGCUACCCUUUUCGGGCCGCGACACGAGGACGCUUCUGAGAAACAUCCGGCGGGUGGCGUUGCCUAUGGGGACGGCGGCGUGGGUGGGCGUGUCGAGUGAGGCCAAGGCGGUGGUGCGCCACCUGCUGGCUGCAAAGCCCAGCGAGAGGCCAUCGGCUACUGAGGUGAUGCAGAUGCCGUGGGUGGUGGAGGGGAGGAGCAGGUGGCUGAAGAGGCACUAUGGGCGGUGCUAGGAGGGGAUGGUGGGCGUGUCUAGUGAGGCAGGCGGUGGUACGACACCUGCUGGCUGCGAAGACAAGCGACAGGCCAUCGGCUAGAGAUGAUGAGGUGAUGGAGAUGCCAUGGCACUAAGGACAGUGAGAGUAGGGGCAAACUGUGAAUAAAGGCAGCUUGGAGCAAGGCAAUACAGCCUUUGUUGAGAGAACACGUCAAAUGUAUUUUUGCUUCUCUUGCACGAGAAGGUCUUUUAUAUUUCAGUGUACUUAAAGUGUAUAUUGGCUAGUCUCCUGUCUAUACACUUAUUGAAUGUUUAUGACA